CCGUUCUGACAGUUUACCCUUACUAUUUUGUCUUUCCUGGCUAAACAGAAGCAUGUCGGAGACGGCUCCGGUUGCUCCUGCUGCUCCCGCACCUGCAGAGAAGACACCUGUUAAGAAGAAGACGAAGAAAUCGGGCGCGGCCGCUGGAAAACGCAAGGCCUCCGGGCCCCCGGUGUCCGAGCUCAUCACCAAGGCUGUCGCCGCCUCCAAGGAGCGCAGCGGCGUGUCUCUGGCUGCGCUCAAAAAGGCACUGGCGGCCGCCGGCUACGAUGUGGAGAAGAACAACAGCCGCAUCAAACUGGGUCUCAAGAGUCUGGUGAGCAAGGGCACCCUGGUGCAGACCAAGGGCACCGGGGCUUCCGGCUCUUUCAAGCUCAACAAGAAGGCGGCCACCGGGGAGCCCAAGCCCAAGGCGAAAAAGGCGGGCGCGGCCAAGCCCAAGAAGGCUGCUGGGGCGGCUAAGAAGCCCAAGAAAGCCACGGGUGCGGCCACUCCGAAGAAGGCUGCCAAGAAGACCCCUAAGAAAGUAAAAAAGCCGGCGGCGGCUGCUGGGACCAAGAAAGUAGCCAAGAGCCCGAAGAAGGCGAAGGCAGCCAAACCGAAGAAGCCGACUAAGAGUCCGGCCAAGGCCAAAGCCCCCAAGCCCAAGGCAGCCAAACCUAAAGCUGCCAAACCCAAGGCUACAAAGGCCAAGAAGGCGGUCUCCAAGAAGAAGUAAAUCUUCAGCGGCACCUCCUGCUUUGAAAAUCUCAAAGGCUCUUUUCAGAGCCACCCACUAAUUUCAGGUGAAAGAGCUUAACCGGACAUAAAUCCCUAAGUUUACCAACGAGUUUUGUAAUAAAGGUAAUUUUUUUAAAUUUGCCGCUCUACUGUGAUUGGACAGCUGAGUGUGCGUCCGGGUGCGCGCGCACCACAGGGUCAGUACCGUGAUGGUGGUCACAGUGCUGUAGUGCGAGCUCAGUGCCUCUGAAAGGAGCCACUUGUGACGGCUCUGGGUCUUAGCAGGGAUGUUGAGCAGGACGCUGCACUGUGCGAUGGUAACGCGACCCCGAAGUUACUCGUUGAGGAUUUUAAGCUUCGGGGGGUGGGGUGGGUAGUGUACGCUUUGUGAUGGGCCCCGUUCCCCGCCAGCUCCGGUAUCUCUUCCUUGUACUCCAGCACCGCGGUCUCGUACACCGGGACCCGGUCGGAGUAGUUACCCUUGGGAAGCAGACAAUGCAUGCGGCCCCUGGGAAACGAGCCUGGCCCGGGAGGAGCUGGUUUUUGGCCUUUGUUCGCCCUCUGCCGCCCUGUUUUCAUCCUCCAUAUUUGUUAGGGAAAAAGUGCAACCUGAAGAAUGGAUUAUUACAGUCUGGAUGUUUGUAAGGUUUUCUUUCUCAUUGGUUUGUAGUGUCUAAGGAGAAUUAGCCAAUCAGAACGCACUCCCGGGUUUAUUUGCUUGGUCUCUAGGAGAAAAUACUGCGUCAAUUAGAGAUUGAAAUACAAGGAUUUGCGUAUACUUGGAAACAGUUGAAAAACUUGUAUUUUUUUCCCUCUUAACGAACGUAGUCCUACUCGAGGGGACUUUGAUACUACUGAUAUUCUGCCUGAGUCUGCAUAAUUGUUCCUACUAUGCUGACAGUGUGAACUGCUCAGUCGUCCGACUUUUUUGAGACCCCAUGGACUGCACCCCGCCAGGCUCCUCUUACCUUGGGAUUUCCAGGCAAGGAUCCUGGAGUGGGUUGCCAUUUCGCUCUCCAAGGGAUCUUACCGGCCCAGGGAUCGAACCUGCAUCUCCUGCAUUGUAGGGCGGAUUUUUUACAGGUGAGCCACUGGGGGAGCCAACCCUAACACUAAGGUAUAGUAAAAAAAUUGUUAAAAAAAAAAAAGUGUAAAAAGCACUCCUGGCUGUUUAUAAUUUACCCGUUUAUCAAAUUCUUUCCCGCUAAGAUGGUUGGCAGUCUCAUAUCUUUUGGUGGAUAAGUAAUAAAUAGGGAGGUAGAAAUAAUUAAGCUUUGGGAAACGCAAGGAGAAUGCUUAGCUCCUCGAGCCGCAGUAACCAGGGCAAAAUAAAUUGUUCUAGGAAGAUGGAUGUUUCGUCAUUUCCACUUUAUCCUGUUUUUAAUUUCAGGGGAAUGCCACUGUGUUUUACUGAUGAAUCUUGACAAAAAUCUGAGUUUUGUAGACCAUUAGGCAGUCGUAAGCAUGGUUGGGGAAAAAUUACAUCUUAGCAAACUAAAUUCAGUUAAGCAUUUCCUUUUAGUAUGUCUGUAAGCACAAGCAGUUACAGUGGAUUUUGCAGACCUUAUUGAGUUUUUCAACAGUGGCUGUCACAGAUGUUUUUAUAUCACUUUGAAGAUAUGAAGAUAUCUUGAAAUAAAGUUUACAUCAUUCUGAGUCCUUCAAACUGACAUUUGUUAUUCCACUAGUUGCUCUUUGUUAUUUGAUAUGACUAAUGAAGCACAUUAUAUGUACGUAAAUACAUUUUAAAAUCAUAUUUUAAUAUGCCUUUCUUAUCCUGUAUUGGUAUUCUAAAACAUGAUAUUGAAAAGGUGUUUAUAGGUUCCCCAGGGUGUGCAUAGAGUCCACCAUACAAGUCAUGAGUCCCUGAGCAGAUUGUCAGUGGGCAAAUACCUCAUGGUUAAAAGGCUUCAUCUUAUUUAUUUGCUUACAGCCUAUUCCGCCCCCCCACCCCACCCCCACCCCCACCACCCCCAGCCCCUUACAUACACCUUACUGGUUAAUAGUUUAUUAAAUUUUAGUCUUUCAACUUUAAAGAAAAAAAAAAUCUUUGAUUAUCUUUCUAGCUUUUCUAAGUGAGAUUUUAUUUUUCAUCCAUUGCAGUUGCAUUCCAUACUUUCUUCUUUCUGGAAAGAGCCCCAAAUCCCGUCUCUUAGAACAGUGGUUUGGUUGAGAAGGAUAUUUGGAUAAAUGGGAAAAUGUGAAAUGGUUACUCAAGAGUCUUUUUGAAUAUAAUAGAUUGCAUCAAGAGGGAAAGUUAAGAGGGAAGAGACCUGUGAGGUCUUUAAUACCAGAAUGAGUUUGGCUUCUGAUGAAGAAUGAUGAGGAAUAAGAAUUAUGUGGGAAUGUGACAUUCAAUAAGAGUGGUACUAUACAGUAUCUGUAGUUAAUUACAUUUUACAAAGCUCUUCUAUGCCUACCUCACUAUAAAGCUCUUGCAGUAGGUAUAGCUAAACUCCUUGUUUAUUAUUAUUAGUGUGUACCAGAUGUCUUUGGGGGUCUUAGUUCCCCAAGCAGGGAUUGAACCCAGUGUUUGCUGUGAAACCACCAAGUCCUAACCACUGGACUACGAGGGAAUUCCCAAUGCUGUUUGUUUUACAGUUCUGAAAAUUGUGGCUUAGAAAGAUGAAAUGGCCAGCAUCAUCUUGUCAAUAAACAGUGCACCUGAGUCUCAAACCCAAAGUCUCAAAGUUUCUUUCUUCCUAGUGUCAUUUUCUGUGCACUGCUCCGCAUCUAUUAUGCCUACUGGAAAACGAGUUCUCUAUUUCAUUUUGAUGCCCAUCUAGAAAGAUGUAACAUUCAUGUAUUUCUGUUUGAGAUCCUUUGUGACCUAUCCAAUUCACAAUCCCUUUAGAAUGUACCAGAAGCAAUUAAACAUCAUUCAUUCAAUGC